AUGUAAAAAUAAAAAUGGAUCGGUCAAGCAAAAAAGGGUCGAAAAUGGCCUGUUGUUUCCCUGUUAUCCUUGACCGAUCCAUGAGAAGCAGCUUCAAGCUAUCUAAGAGCUCUUCUUCUAAUAAACUCAAUAAAAGCAAGAGCUCUAUAUGUUCACCAACAUCUCUAUCGAUGAAGAAAAAGUCAGUCCAGGAAAAUGAUCACCUGGUUGUAUGUUUUGGGGAGCUGUUGAUAGACUUUGUGCCUACAGCAUCUGGAGUUUCACUUGCAGAAGCACCUGGUUUUAAAAAGGCUCCUGGCGGGGCACCAGCUAAUGUUGCAGUUGGUAUUGCAAGAUUAGGAGGUUCUUCCGCCUUUAUUGGCAAGGUGGGUGCAGAUGAAUUUGGUUACAUGUUAGCUGAUAUAUUAAAACAGAACAAUGUUGACAAUUCUGGUAUGCGUUUUGAUACUCAUGCUAGAACAGCAUUGGCGUUUGUUACAUUGAAAGCAGACGGUGAGAGAGAAUUCAUGUUUUUCCGCAAUCCAAGUGCUGAUAUGCUUCUAACUGAGGCAGAACUCGAUAAAAAUCUCAUUCAAAAGGCAAGAAUCUUUCACUAUGGUUCAAUCUCUUUGAUUGCUGAACCAUGUAGGUCAGCUCAUCUUGCUGCCAUGGAGACUGCUAAAAAUGCAGGCUGCAUUCUUUCUUAUGACCCAAAUCUAAGGUUGCCCUUAUGGCCAUCCGCCGAGGCUGCUCGUGAAGGAAUUUUAAGCAUUUGGGACCAAGCUGACAUUAUUAAGGUAAGUGAAGAUGAAAUCACAUUUUUAACAAAUGGUGAAGAUGCUUAUGAUGACAAUGUGGUCAUGACUAAGCUUUUCCACUCCAACCUUAAACUUUUGCUCGUAACUGAAGGCGGAGAUGGUUGCAGAUACUAUACUAAGAAUUUUCAUGGAAGAGUGAAUGGCGUUAAAGUUACAGCAGUUGACACCACAGGAGCAGGUGAUGCAUUUGUUGGUGGACUUCUCAACAGUAUGGCCUCAGAUCCAGAUAUUUACAUGGAUGAGAAGAUAUUGAGGGAUGCACUCCUAUUUGCAAAUGGAUGUGGAGCAAUAACUGUAACAGAAAAAGGAGCAAUUCCUGCAUUGCCUACAAAAGAAGCAGUACUUAAAAUCUUGGAUGGUGCCACUGCUAAUUGAUCAAAUGAUACAUGCACCCCCACUCC